CUGGGACGAGAGCUGGGGCGGCCCGUGCGCGGAGGCGGGCGCGUGCGGCGCCCACAGCUGGGGCAUCCGCGUGGAGUUCGACCAGGAGGGGAAAAAACACGCAGACACAAUGAAUCGUCGACUCCCAGGAAAAUAUGGGAAUUGGGGGGGAAAACAAGAACCCAGAAAAUAUGGGAAAGUAUGGGGAAUCCUGUUCUUUGUGUGUAUUGAUUUGUGUGUCCCAGGGCCCCUUCAUUCGACCAGGACCUCGCCGUGAAGCCGGAGUUCCAGACGCUCCACGAGAAGUUCCCCCACAUCAACGGCUUCAUGCUGUACCCCGCGGUCGAGUCGAAGGGCUGGAACGUCCCGACGAAGCUGGCAGUGACGGAGGUCCGGGGCAACGUCCUCGUGCUGAACACGACGCUCUUCACGUCCGAGCUCGAGACGGAGGAUCCCUGGCCCGGCACCCUCGUCUACGGGCAGGGCGCUUUCCCCGUCUUGCCGCUGACCAACUGGGCAGGCCAGCCGGUGGGCUCCUUCAAGGUGGACGUGCCACAGGAGCCCCACAAGCCAGGCCCGUUCAGCCUGUUCACCCGCAGCGACUGGGCCCCGGGCAACUCGUGGUAGGCGGGCUUCGCGGAAGGCAGGCCUGCGCGAGGCUGCCCCCCGUACGCGAGUUCCUUACUCCCUUCACUCAUUGUCCUUAUGA